UUUUUGUGUUAAUAAGUAGGUAAAACUUUAAUUUUACACAAUGUCUCAGCAUUCAGAAAAAGAGUGUAUUGACCCUAGCACAACAAAUAUUGGUCUUUGCACAUCUCCUUUAAAUAAAUUUGUAUGGAAUAUGGCUAACACAAGAGUAUUAAAAGAUUUAUGGAAAGAUAGUUACAAAGCAUUAACAUCUGCAAGAAGAAACACAAAAAUUUACAAACCAAUGGCAGCUGAAUUUUCAAACACAUUUAAUAUCGUACCUCCGUUAACUGGAUAUCAAAUUCAAUCUAAAAUUAGUAAUUUGAGGAAGCAAUUUAGACGAGAAAAACUUCAAGUUGGUUUAUCGGGAGGAGCUCCUAGUAAAUGGUGGCCUUACGAUAUGGUUGCCAAAAUAAUAGGUGGUGAAGCUUCCCUUGACAAUGACCUUUUAUCUCAAAGUCAAAACUUUUCUACUCAAGAUUUUCAAGAUGGUCAGAUUGCCACAAUGGAAGAUGGCAAGGGGACUGUCAGUAUUUUAAAUAUUGAAGCUUUGGAUGAUACAAGUGAUGUGCAAUCAAUUGUCACUAUUCCUCGUGAGAAACCAACUCAAUCUACAUCCGGCUGCAAUAAACGAAGGAGCUCUGAUGAUGAAAAAACUUUGAUAAAAAUAGCAAAAACUGAACUGGUGAGAAAAAAUAAAAAAACAAAUUUUUCUUCUGCAUAUUUAAAAAUAGCAAAAAAAAUCUAGAUGUUCAAAUCCGUUCACAAGAGCUACGAAUCAGAGAGGUUGUUGCUUUAGAGCGUAUUUGCAAUGCAAUUGAAAAUGCAUCUAAAGCCCAAGUAGAUGUGUCUAAAGCCCAAGUAGAAUAUUAUAAAUUUUUAAUAAAAAAAUAAGGUGUUCUAUUAGUCAA